AUGCCAGGAAAAAGGAUUGCGGUGAUUGGUGCUGGGGUCAGUGGAUUAGGCGCCAUUAAGGUCUGUCUGGAGGAGGGACUGGAGCCGACCUGUUUUGAAGAAACCAAUGACAUUGGAGGACUGUGGAGAUACGAGGAAGAGACUAAGGGUGGCAGGGCAAGUGUCUACAGAUCUGCCACCAGCAACACUUUGAAGGAGAUGACAACCUACAGCGAUUACCCUUUCCCUGAUCACUUCCCCAACUACUUGCACAAUUCCAGAAUCAUGGAGUACCUCAGGAUGUACGCACAACACUUUGACCUAAUGAAGCACAUCCGGUUUCUGUCGAAGGUGCACAGCGUGAGGAAGCGCUCUGACUUUUCCUCCACGGGACAGUGGGACGUCAUGGUCGAGACCACUGGGAAGCAGGAAUCCUAUGUCUUUGAUGGGAUUAUGGUGUGUAGUGGCCUUUACACCGACGCUGUCUUGCCACUCCAGAACUUUCCAGGAAUCCAAGGAUUCAAAGGUCAAUAUAUGCAUAGCUGUGACUACAGGAGUCCAGAAAAAUUUGAGGGGAAGAAAAUCGUUGUGGUCGGCAUUGGAAAUUCUGGAGCUGAUUUGGCAAUUGAGCUCAGUCAUGUAGCUUCACAGGUGUAUCUCAGCACAAGACAGGGUGCGUGGAUUUGGAACCGGGUCUGGGAUAAUGGGAUGCCCAUGGACACUGCUCUCUUCACUCGUUUUAAGAACACCCUCAACAAAUUUUACCCAACAUUCUUAAUCAACAGUUGGACAGAGAAUAAAUUAAAUGCUCGAUUUAACCAUGACGUUUAUGGCUUGCUACCUAAACACAGAUUUCUCCGCCAUCAAGUUACUUUUGGUGAUGAUCUACCCAAUCACAUAAUAUCUGGAAGAGUUCUGAUAAAAUCAAAUAUUAGAGAGUUCACAGAGACGUCAGCCAUCUUUGAAGAUGGCACAGAAGAGGACCUUGAUGUUGUUAUUUUUGCCACAGGAUAUACUUUCUCUCUUCCCUUUUUGGAAAACAAUGCAACAAUUUUGGACAGCCAGCACUCCAUGUUUAAAUAUGUAUUUCCUCCUCAACUAGAGAAACCAACACUAGCUUUCAUUGGUAUCCUCAAGCCAGUGGGGGCCAUCAUUCCCACAUCGGAACUCCAGAGCUGAUGGGCCGUGCGUGUAUUCAAGGGAUUGAACAAAUUACCUUCGGUGAAUGGCAUGAUGGCAGACAUAAGACAGAAGAGAAAAAAGUUUGAAAAAGAACUGCUGAAUAACCCUUGGGACACAUGCAGAGUGCAGUACGUGGAUUACAUGGAUGAAAUUGCCACUGAAAUAGGCGUGAAACCCAACCUGCCCUCACUCUUCCUGUGGGACCCGAAGCUGGCCAUGGAAAUUUUCUUUGGACCAUGCACACCUUACCAGUACCGUCUCCAGGGGCCAGGGAAGUGGGCUGGGGCCCGGAGAGCCAUCCUGACCCAGAGAGCGCGGAUCAUCAAGCCCCUGAGGACUCGAACCUUCGCCCACGACCAGCUUCCAUAUUCUGUACCAUUUUGGCUCAAAAGUGCCUGUGCGGCUCUUCUCUUUGUUCUCACCCUAGUCAUUAUGAAAGGAUAA